AUGACGCCGAUCGCACCGAGUGACGCCGACCGGGUAAUCUACGUGAUACCCCACUCGUGCGUCAUCAAGCCGGAGUCGUCGACCACGAAGCUGCGUGUAGUGUUCGACGCCAGCGCCAAGUCGUCUACCGGAGUAGCACUCAACGACCUGCAGGUCAUUGGGCCUGUUUUGCAGCCAGAUCUGCUGCACAUUUGGCUUGAUUUCCAUUUACACACGGUGGUAGUGACGGCUGACAUCGCGAAGAUGUAUCGCCAAGUGUGGGUGUCUGACGAAGACACUUGGACGCAGUGCAUCCUUUGGCGCGACGGCAAGGACCACCCCAUCCAGGCGUACCGACUGCGCACCGUAACGUACGGCGAAGCCGCUUCCUCGUACUUAGCCUGCAGAGCGCUGCUGGAGGCCGGACACGAGGCGCGCAACGGAAACCCGCAAGUCGCAGACGCAAUCCAGCGAGGGUUCUACGUGGACAACCUGUCGCUGGGCGCCCCCACACCCGACGAGCUACGUGCCCUGUGCUCGGGAGUGGAACAGGCGCUACUUCGCCGCGGCAUGCCGCUGCGGAAGUGGGCGUCCAACGAAGCAGAGGUACUGCGCCACGUACCGCAGGAGCAUCGGGAGGCUCCUGUUAAGAUCGGCGAUCGCGAGGCUGUGCGCAUGCUCGGACUGUCGUGGUGCCCAACUGAUGACACGUUUCAGUUGGUCAUACAUGAGGACGUACUUCAGUUCGCGGAGCAACUGACGAAACGCAACCUCAUCGCGAAGAUCUCCAAACUUUACGAUCCAGUCGGGAUCCUGCAGCCGGUGACCAUCACUGCGAAAGUGAUGAUGCAAGACCUCUGGCGAGAAGAUCUUGCAUGGGACGACUACGUGUCACCCGCGACGAUCCAACAGUGGAACGAGUUCACGUCGCAACUCCCACUCUUGAGGAAAUUACACCUCCCACGCAUGGCAGCGCCCAGCGCACCGACGACUCUGCGUGUCGACGGUUUCUGCGACGCAUCCGUAAAGGCCUACGGAUGCGUGGUCUACGUGACCUUUGAAGACGAUCGGGGUCACCGGACAACGCGCCUGUUAUGCGCUAAAUCCAGGGUGGCCCCUCUAAAGGCAAUGACGUUGCCACGUCUAGAACUGCAAGCGGCAGUUCUAUUAGCCGAACUCUACGUGAGAAUUCGAGACGUAUUCGGCUCCCGUGUCGUCGAGACGUGUUGGUGGUCCGAUUCGCAGGUAGCGCUAACCUGGCUUCGCUCGGACAACACUCGGUGGGACGUCUUCGUGAGGAACCGAGUCGCCAAAGUCCAGGCAGCUACCGCGACCACCGACUGGCGCUACGUGCCCACCAAACUAAACCCGGCCGACAUCGUUUCCCGAGGCAUCACGGCAAGGAAACUGAUCCGUCCAGACGUUAUGACGUUCUGGCUGAACGGUCCAUCAUUCGUUCAAGCUGGCUGUCAUGGGCUACUCGAGCCAUUCCCAUCCGCAGAUCUCGCCGUGUUGGACGAAGGGCUGCCACAAGCUACGUUGCUAGUGGCCAUCACGGGGCCCGAUUGCGACGACCUGAUAGCGCAAUACCCACACCAUUGCGCCUUGGGAAAGACGCGCCGACACUUCGCCUGGCUAGGACGUGCGGUCAACAACUUUAAGGCGAAGUCGGCCUCGCUACGUGCAAAGAAUCCGGACCUUGCUGCGACUUACGGUCCCAUGACGCUCGCCGCCCAAGAAGAUGGGCUGCGACGCAUCUUGCUGCGGAUGCAGACGACGGUCCAUCCGAAUGAA